AUGUUCUGUUGCGGAGGUGCGGAUGAGGAACCCGCUGGUCCACCCGCAAACCAGUAUUCAGCCCCUCCUAACAAGGCUGGAAACCCUAACUUUGGCGGUGGAAAUAGAGGGGAGCCGAGGAACACGAACGCACCGAGAGCAGGAGGUCCUGCAAAGGUGUUACCUAUAGAGAUCCCUGCUGUUGCAUUGGAUGAGUUGAAUAGAAUGACGGGUAACUUCGGUAACAAGGCACUGAUCGGUGAAGGUUCUUAUGGACGUGUCUUCCAAGGCAAGUAUAAUGGAGACGAUGUUGCUAUUAAAAAGCUUGAUGCUAGCUCUGAAGAACCUGACUCGGAUUUCACCUCACAGUUAUCGGUUGUAUCACGGCUCAAAAACGAACACUUUGUGGAGUUGAUGGGGUACUGCUUGGAAGCAAAUAAUCGCAUUCUCGUCUACGAGUUUGCAACCAAAGGUUCUUUACACGAUGUGUUACACGGGAGAAAGGGCGUGCAAGGAGCUGAGCCAGGACCGGUGCUGAACUGGAACCAAAGGGUUAAGAUCGCAUAUGGAGCAGCUAGGGGGCUUGAGUUUCUUCACGAGAAGGUCCAGCCAUCAGUAGUACACAGGGACGUAAGGUCGAGCAAUGUCUUGUUGUUCAAUGACUUUGUGGCCAAAAUGGCUGAUUUCAACUUGACCAAUGCAUCAUCCGAUUCCGCGGCUAGGCUUCAUUCUACUCGAGUCUUGGGAACGUUUGGCUACCACGCUCCAGAGUAUGCAAUGACGGGACAGAUAACACAGAAGAGUGAUGUGUAUAGUUUUGGUGUUGUGCUUUUGGAGCUCUUGACGGGAAGAAAACCUGUUGAUCAUACCAUGCCUAAAGGCCAACAAAGUCUUGUUACUUGGGCAACUCCGAGACUAAGUGAAGACAAAGUAAAACAAUGCAUAGAUCCUAAGCUUAACAAUGACUUUCCUCCCAAAGCAGUCGCCAAAUUGGCAGCUGUGGCGGCCUUGUGUGUUCAGUACGAGGCAGACUUUCGACCCAACAUGACAAUCGUUGUCAAGGCACUUCAGCCUCUUCUUAACUCUAGACCGGCCGGUCCUGAGUCUACUUCCUAAAUAACAGAUUUACCAUUUCUCUUGUUUUUGUUGUUGUUGUUGUAAUACUGUUAUGGCUAUUUUUUCCCUCCUUUCUGUGUCAG